AUGCAAACAAACGACUUCGCCAUCCAAACUUCAACCUACGGCGCCAACGAGCGCGUCGACGCUACCACCAGUACGACAUCGGUGUCGUCCACGCCGCCGCCGAAACGAAUUGUAUUGUCCCAUGCGCCCUACAUUUCGCGCAGAUGUAGGAAGCCUGUCAAAGUGCCUGCCCCAAAGCGCAGAACUGGACACGAGAAAGAGGGCCACUGGACGGUCCAUAAGAGAGUCGUGGAGGGGCGUGGGAGGCACGCAGGAUGUGCCGCUGGUGAUGGCGCCGAAGUACGUCUCCCGCUACAUCCUAUCGUGUACUAUAAGGGACUGACAAUGUGGACUUUGAUCGCACAGCGUGAUACGAACGAAAGCGUCCCCAGCGCCCCAUCAAAUAUCGGGGACCUAUUUACAUUGGAGGACUUCAUAGGCGUACAGAGUCAUGCGGGGGACCAGGCGGCUCACGCCAUUCCUCCACCCCAACAGAUGCUGGCCCAAGACAGCCAGCAGCCAGCCGGGACGUCCGUCCCAUAUGGAGACAAUGGGGCGAUAUCCUUCGCAGGGCACGAUUCGUCUACGACCCACUCCGUCUCGGACCAAAGCGUCCCCCGCACUCCGACCAAUAUCGAGGACCUGUUCACUUGGCAGGACUUCUUAGGGUCGGCGAGUCCUGCAAAGUGCCAGGACCCUCACACCGACCCUCCGCCCCAGCAGAUGCUGGCUCAAAACCCUCAGCAGCCAGCCGAGACGUCCGUCCCAUAUGGAGACGAUGGGGCGGUAUCCUUCACAGGACACGAUUCCCCCACGACAGCGGACGGGAACUACCUGACCGUGAACCUAUCCACGUCAGGUUUCGCCCAGCCCGCCGAUAUCAGUUUCGUCCGGCCGUGGCAACGUGACCCACACUACUUCACGGACGUGGGUCUGUCUUCUUCAGACUCGACACCAGCACCACCCUCGGGACAAGGAUCUGAGUGGUACGAACAACACUGGGCGCUGGGGCCGUCGUUUUUGGGUAUUGAGACAGCGGUGGGGCAAGGAGCGGAGUGGAUGGGGGCGAUGAGGGGCGGAGCGUCGUCAUCGAAUGGGCAGCCAAGGGAAGGCUCUCACAAGACCGGGACCGACUCAGGCAGACGGAAACUGAAGCGUGAAGACUCACGCGAUGCAGGCAAAGGCGCGAGUGACACCCCAACGGAGGCCAGAACAAGCCAUAGAUGGAGCCAAUGUGGUCCGGCGGCCCAGCAUUGGGAAAGUCCGAGUGGAAAUGAAUAUUCGGAACUCGGAUCCGUAUUUGAUGGCGUCAACUUCGGGGGCGAGAACAGCGAGCAUCCUUGCGGAAAUUACCUCGAUUCGACCCGGUUCCAGACCAACCGUGAGCAUUACUACGACAAGACUGGCAUCGGCCCAAGGAGUUUCCGAUAUAACCUGGAUCGUGCUCAUCGGUCCUUGAUUGUCGCGCCAGGUCUUGACCAUAGCGUCGUCCAAGAGGCACAAGCGCGGUGUCACAAAAAUGUCGCAAUUUUCGUUUCCAAAAACCGGAGGAAAACAGCUCACCAAUCUGAGAAAAAACCUUCGCGGCGUCGGUAUCAGCGGUCCAAAGCGGACCCCGACCUGAUAAUGAAGUCCUGGAAUCUCGAUGAUGCACAAGGUUUGCCGUCGCCGGUGGUGUUGAAACAGGACAGUACGACAUCGACAUCUUCGGACAUUGACCCCAUUGGAACGCCGCCUGAUCAUCAUAUGGACCCUUGCACGAACGGCACCAAGAAUAUAAUGCCGAAGAUGCCUGCUACGGAAGUCGGGGUAUCGCGGUCCGAAAGACAGGGUACCAACGGCCUCUCGCUCGACCGAAACACUUCGGCAGCUCCGUCCAGUGAUUCCACCUCCACGAACAGCGACUCCGCGAAUCCCAUGCAGCACCAUCGACUGUCUGUCUCUCAUCCUACACAGACUACGAUCCCGCCCAUUGAUCCUCUCUCACUUCACAAUACACAUGCCGUACUGCACGAUGCAAGCCUCGUAAAUGUGGAGGGCCCGCCACAAAACGCCGCGCCGAGUUACCCAUAUCCGCUGGCGAUCCGAACAUGCACAGGGAUACAUUUCAUACCUGAAUCGACUGAUCGAGAGGAGAUAGCCGCCUUUGUCGAAAAGGCGCACUUCAUCCUCACGCCCGAGAUGGAGAGGAUGUUAGCGGCACUCGAUCUCGAGCCGUUUCUACCAGCCGACCACGUCGAUACGCAACCUCAACAGGCGAUCGACGUCAAACGCGGGGCGCCAUCGACUACAUCGUCAAGGGGCAAGGGGGCCUUUAAGAGGGCGCGGAACGAGACGAGACAAAGACCUAGACGCAUGACGGAGAGAGGGGGAACAAACUCGGGGGUUCGACUUUUUUCCGCGUUGGUCGGUACAAAAGUAAUAGAGUUCGUGUGGCGCCGCGGCUCGGAUGUGGCCCAAGUCCAACGUACAGUCUUCGCAAAGUCUUCCACAGAGAAAUCCUUCAACUGGCAGUCUAUCAGUAGUGACCUUGGAACGCCUGAAAGGACCCGGAAAAGGGGGGGAAGAGAGCUAGCACAUCGGACCAGACCAGGGCCAGAACGGACCGACUUUGUUGCUCUGAGCGGGGCUGUCGGAGUCAAACUGGGAUGGUGA